AUGCAAAAUUUUCUUGCCGGCCCUUCGGAAUCGCGUUGGUUUGAUAAACCUAUUUCGUUGAUUAUCGAUCGCCGUGGACGAGCCGCGGUUAAUUUCGAACACAGUUGGGGCGACGGGGUUGCCGUCGUACGACUCUGCAAUGAGGUUUUUUCCAACGCCGAGACGGAUCCGGCUGUUGGUCCGUCUGAUUUGCCUCAAGCAUUGAGUUUAUCCACUUCGUCCGUUCGUCGUCUGGAAUGGCUUAUUGACGAUCGGACCACAAAUGACUUCCUUAUGCCCGCCCGAAUCGCAUAUGAUCGACGUCGCGAGUCGUUGGUUUUCGGUCAUACACAGAUUACCGAUGGCCUUUGCCGACGGCUUUGCAAAAAGGCUGGUCUAAGUGCGGAUGCAAUGAUGCAACUUGGAUUUCAG